GCACCCACCUCAACCUCACCUGCCACUGCCAUCCUUUCUCACACUCGCGCACCGGCGCGCGUCCGCUGCCCGCACCCCGUCCCGUUGUACUGCAGGGCGGAGCCUCGCUCGCCUUUUGUACUGCACGCCCACGCGUCCACACGCGCGCGCGGCCCGGACCUGGCUACGAAGCGCAGGCAGUACAGACAGCACCGCCUGGUUUGAGCGGCUGCCGCCGCUGCAUAUACUCCCUCCCUGCCUUCCAGUGCCAGGGGUGACCGGCGUGCGUGCCAUUCCACGCUCUCGCGGCUCGUGUGCCAGCGGUGACCAGCGCUCGUGCUCGUCCAGUCCACCAGGCGCUGCUGUUCCGGCAAGCCAGCCAGGAUUGGAUAUUUUCCGCCAAUCGGAUUCUGGUGACAUAUACGUUAGCGUUUGAGGAUCCCCAUUUGGGAAAUUUCGGUUUCCAUUGCAAAACUGAAUAAAAAAUAUAUCCAAGAGAAGAAAGAAGGCCAAAGGUUAUGGAUUUUUAAUAAUCCGAGAUCCAUCCGACAACUCACGCGCCUCUGCAUCUGUCCAAGUCCAAUGCACGAGCACAUGGAUGGCGUAGUGGCAUGCAGCAGCCGCCGCCGCCGCCGUCUCGGAGCUCGAGCUCCUAGUCCCCCGGGGCCGAGGCGCCGGCGCCAUGGACCAGCUCCGGCCCGAGCCGGCCGCGGGCGCGCACGAGAUCGAGAAGACGGCGGCGCCGGACGUGGAGUCGGAGCCCGCGGCGGCGGUGCCGGAGCCGGAGCGCGUGCCGCCGUGGCGCGAGCAGGUCACCGCGCGCGGGAUGGUGGCGGCGCUGCUCAUCGGCUUCGUCUACACGGUGAUCGUCAUGAAGCUGAGCCUCACCACGGGGCUCACCCCCACCAUGAACGUCUCCGCCGCGCUGCUCGCCUUCCUGGCGCUCCGCGGAUGGACGCGCGCCCUCGGCCGCCUAGGCAUUGCAUGCCGCCCCUUCACCCGCCAGGAGAACACCGUCGUGCAGACCUGCGUCGUCGCCUGCUACACCAUAGGGUUCGGCGGUGGGUUCGGGUCGUUCCUGCUGGGCCUGGACAAGAAGACGUACGAGCUCUCCGGGGUGAGCACGCCGGGCAACGUGCCGGGGAGCUACAGGGAGCCUGCCAUCGGCUGGAUGACCGGAUUCCUCCUCGCCGUCAGCUUCGUGGGGCUCCUCACCUUGCUUCCACUCAGAAAGGUGCUCGUCAUCGACUACAAACUCACUUAUCCAAGUGGAACAGCCACCGCGGUUCUCAUAAACGGAUUCCACACACCUCAAGGAGAUAAGAAUGCAAAAAUUCAGGUCCGUGGAUUCCUCAAGUACUUCGGGAUCAGCUUCCUGUGGAGCUUCUUCCAGUGGUUCUACACCGCCGGCGACCACUGCGGAUUCGCCCAGUUCCCUACUUUCGGGCUCCAGGCUUUUAACCAGACGUUUUCCUUCGACUUCAGCCUGACGUACGUUGGUGCUGGGAUGAUCUGCUCGCACCUCGUCAACCUCUCGUUGCUGUUCGGUGCCGUCGUUUCCUGGGGCGUCAUGUGGCCACUCAUCGGCAAGCAGAAGGGCAACUGGUAUCCGGCAGAUGCAUCUCAGAAUAGCAUGACAGGCAUCUACGGGUACAAGGCCUUCCUUUGCAUUGCCCUUCUCGUGGGAGACGGUCUCUACAACUUCGUCAAAGUCAUAGCUAUCACUGUCAAGAACAUACGCGAGAGAUCACGUCGCAAGAACCUGAACAGAGUGGCGGACGCGGACACGAUGGCGCUGGACGACAUGCAGCGCGACGAGGUGUUCAACAGGGACAACAUCCCGACGUGGCUGUCCUACGCGGGGUACGCGGCGCUGAGCCUGAUCGCGGUGAUCGCCAUCCCGAUCAUGUUCCGGGAGGUGAGGUGGUACUACGUGGUGGUGGCGUACGCGCUGGCGCCGGCGCUGGGGUUCUGCAACGCGUACGGGACCGGGCUGACGGACAUGAACAUGGGGUACAACUACGGGAAGGUCGCGCUGUUCGUGCUGGCGGCGUGGGCGGGGAAGGACAGCGGCGUGGUGGCCGGGCUGGUGGGGUGCGGGCUGGUGAAGCAGCUGGUGCUCGUGUCGGCCGACCUGAUGCACGACUUCAAGACGGGGCACCUGACGCUGACGUCGCCGCGGUCGAUGCUGGUGGGGCAGGCCGUGGGCACGCUGAUGGGGUGCGUCCUGGCGCCGCUCACCUUCAUGCUCUUCUACAGGGCGUUCGACGUGGGCGAGCCGGACGGGUACUGGAAGGCCCCCUACGCGCUCAUCUACCGCAACAUGGCCAUCCUCGGCGUGGAGGGCUUCUCGGCGCUGCCCAGGCACUGCCUGCAGCUGUGCGCGGGGUUCUUCGCGUUCGCGGUGCUGGCGAACCUGGCGCGGGACCUGCUGCCGCGCCGGCUCGCGCGGCUCGUGCCGCUGCCCAUGGCCAUGGCCGUGCCGUUCCUCGUGGGCGCCAGCUUCGCCGUCGACAUGUGCGUGGGGAGCCUCGUGGUGUUCGCGUGGCACAAGCUCGACGGCAAGAAGGCCGCGCUGCUGGUGCCGGCCGUCGCCUCGGGGCUCAUCUGCGGCGACGGGAUCUGGACGUUCCCGUCGUCUCUGCUCGCGCUGGCCAAGGUCAAGCCGCCCAUCUGCAUGAAGUUCACGCCAGGGAGCUAGAGGGCGCGCUGACGAUGCGUACAGAACAGAGGGCAUCGUUCGUCGUUUGUGGGGUGGAAUCCGUGUAGUAGAAUUACAUACCAACCAGGCCUGUUCUAAUGUCCAUAUGAGCUUAAUGUACGGUGUAUAUAUAUGUAAAAAUGGAAAUCUGAAGGAUGACAGGAUGAAUUGCCUGUUGUCUAGUAGCACGCAUAUUAUUAUUAUUAUAGCAUA